AUGCCGCACCACACCUUGCCGCACCACACCAUGCCGCACCACACCAUGCCGCACCACACCAUGCCGCACCACACCACGCCACACCGCACCACGCCAUGCCGCACCACACCACACCAUGCCGCACCACACCAUGCCGCACCACACCACACCAUGCCGCACCAUGCCGCACCACACCAUGCCGCACCACACCACACCAUGCCACACCAUGCCGCACCACACCAUGCCACACCACACAACGCCAUGCCACACCGCACCACACCAUGCCACACCAUACCACACCAUGCCGCACCACACCACACCAUGCCGCACCACACCAUGCCACACCAUGCCGCACCACACCACACCAUGCCACACCAUGCCGCACCACACCAUGCCACACCAUACCACACCACACAACGCCAUGCCACACCGCACCAUGCCACACCAUGCCGCACCACACCACACAAUGCCACGCCGCACCACACCACACGCCACACCACGCCACACCAUGCCGCACCACACCACACCACGCCACACCGUGCCGCACCACACCACACCACGCCACACCACGGCGCACCACACCACACAUUUACAUUUACAUUUAAGUCAUUUCCAUGCCACACCGCACCACGCCACACCAUGCCACACCGCACCACGCCACACCAUGCCACACCGCACCAUGCCACACCAUGCCACACCAUGCCACACCGCACCACGCCACACCACGCCGCACCACACCACGCCGCACCACACCACACCAUGCCACACCAUGCCACACCACGCCACACCAUGCCACACCGCACCACGCCACACCACGCCACACCACGCCAUGCCACACCAUGCCACACCGCACCAUGCCACACCAUGCCACACCGCACCAUGCCACACCAUGCCACACUACGCCACACCAUGCCACACCACAGCACAUCGCUCUGGCAGCACAGACAGAAUGUUCUGGAUGUCCCCUGUUUCCUCUGGCAAGGUAGCAGAGACAUAAUGUUCUGGAUGUCCCUGUGUCAUCUGGCAAGUAGCAGAGACAGAAUGUUCUGGAUGUCCCCUGUGUCCUCUGGCAUGGUAGCAGAGAGUAGAACGUGCUGGAAGUCCCCUGUGUCCUCUGGCAGGGCAGCAGAGAUAGAAUGUGCUGGAAGUCCUGUCCUCUAG